AAAUGCCAUUUUGUGUUGAUCAAAAUAACAAAAAUUAGUAAGAGAUGUGCGGAAAUGUUUAGUUGAAUCCCAGAUGAAGGGAAUGAAAAACACGUCACAAGUGAGUGCCAUAAAUAGUACUCAUCUACAUCCUCUGCAAAAAUGCUCCCUUUUUCCAGCCAGCAAAGCCCCGUUUUGGAUCUGGUGUCUUCCUUUCGUCGGAGGGCAAGAGGAGGCGAUCAUGGCAGGGAUCGAUCUGGUAAUCGUGCCAGCCAUGGCUGCGCCCAAUUACUUCAACCCAGUUGUGGUGGUUGGAGAGCAGUAUGUGGCCGAUUACCCGGUCGACCUCACGAUCGCCUCCAAAAUCCUUACCCGCGGUGAAAACGAUUUCACCAUCAAAGACAUCAACAGCACCACCAUUUUCCACAUCAAAAGCAAGCUGUUGAGCCUCCAUGAUCGCCGCAGGAUGCUCGAUUCGGCUGGAAACGUUGUCCUCUCCCUCCAGCAAAAGAUACUGAGCUGCCACAGGAGAUGGCAAGCAUUCAAGGGAGAUAGCACGGAUCCGAAAGAUCUGCUGUUCAGCGUGAGGAAAUCGUCCAUACUCCAUUUCAAGAACAAGUUGGACGUGUUCGUGGGGGAGAACAAGAGGGAAGAAUCCCCUGAUUUCAGGAUCAAAGGGGGCUGGCAUGAGGGUUCCUGCUCCGUUUGUCUAGGGAAAUCCAAGACGAUUAUUGCACAGAUGCACAAGGGGCACAGCGCUAAGACGGUGCUGCUAGACGCUGAAAGUUUUAAGGUGUCCGUCUACCCAAAUGUUGAUUAUGCCUUCAUUGUGGCACUUGUGGUCAUUCUUGACGAGAUCAACGCAGACCGGAGCGGCGAGGACUGAGUAACGGUUUCUCAUCAUCAGGAUAACUAACUCAAAAUGCUAAUUCCAUACCUGUACAGCGUAGCAGAGUCGAGUGGGAUCGGGGGUAAAACAAUGGGCUUAUUUUUUUUAUUUUUUAUUUUUUUGGUGGAGCAUCCCUUUACUGAAAUUUGUUUGCUGCUCAUAAUCGGCGUUGUAUCUUCCAUUAGAACAAAACCAACUCUGUAUUCCAUUUUCAAGGAUUAAUGAAUGGUGGUCUUCUUUUGGUGCUAUUGGAUCUUUCUAUACACAAUUAGAAGUUACAUACACAAUUAGAACUGAUAACGAUUUGGUGAAACUGGGUUUUGAGGUUUCAACUUGUCGUUCUCUGAAAAAAAUCUCAAAAUACAC